UCCAGCUUGUAAUUAUUGUGCAUGCACAGAAUCAGAAAGGGGACUGGUCGAUGGCUUUCGUGUUUUGCCACGGUCACAUGUCCAGUAAAGCUUAUUUCGGCCUGUACAUAUCGUAAAACUCUUCAAACAUGCACAUUUAGCGACUGAUAACAGACAGGUGGGAACCACACAGCAAGGAAACGUUCAUGUCGUGGGCUUACGUGUGGGCUCACUGCUUGCAAAUGAGGCUGAGGAAUGCAAUACUUAACCAGCAACAGCUUGGUGAAGAUUACUUGCACUGGGAGCCGUGAUGUUCUUGGUAGCUUGAUUGCCAGCAUAAACAGUCGCACAGAUCCAUUUUGAUAGCAGUCAUGGCAGGCUGCUGCAAUUGUCUUAAUCCAGGGCCACAGCAGUCCUAUAUUGCUACAGUUCAAGGGCCUGACUUGGAGCAGGCUCACUCAAGCCAAGUUCAAGGGACAUGUGACACAAACCAAGAGCCAGUCACCGGUCAGGUCGGCAAGAAGAGCCAUAGUGGAUUGAAGGCUCAGCUAACCACACUGCUGGCUAUGGGCCCCACAGCCCGUCAGAAUAGCAUUGAGCUUAGUGGCAUGGGCUUCACACGGCAGUCUUCUCGCUAUGACUAUGGCUUCACUAAAGACUAUUUGAGUGGCAACAUCAAGUUCUUGGAAUCAAAGAAAGCCCAUAAAUACACAAAGAGUAAGUACCUGGCCAUUCAGCCUGAUGAAAACCCAGAUGUGGUGGUAAGUGCCCUCUCUAAGAAGUGGGGUCUGGACUUCCCGAAGCUACUGAUCAGCAUUCUGGGAGGUGGUGAGGAGGUGACCAAGGGAAACUAUGCCAUGAAAAAGGCCUUCUGCAAGGGUCUUGUUGAGGCUGUGCUAAGCACUGAUGUGUGGCUCUUUACCGGUGGUCUCAACUGCGGUAUGAUGAAGAGGAUGGGGCAAGCGUUGACCAACUAUGCCAUCGGCCGAGCCAUGGUCAAACACCGGGAUGUCGUGGCAGUGGGCGUGGCAUCUCUAGGCAUCGUCAGUCAGAAGGAGAAGCUGCUAGGUUCAGAGAGAAUGCCAGUCAUGUACAACAUGGAUGGGGACAGCAACAACAGCGACAAUGAAGGGGACGGAGAUUAUGACUGCCGUGAUGACGCCAGUGCCCCCACCCACCACCUGGAGCCCAACCACACCCAUUUCAUCUUGGUAGGGAACACGGACUCCAAGCUGGGCGAUGAGGUUGGCAUAAGGAACGAGCUGGUGCACAUGAUCGCCAAGUGCAAGAUCAAAGGGAGUAAUGCGACUGUGCCGGCUUUGCAUGUGGUCUUUGGCGGUGACCAUUCCACUAUCCAGACAGUUAAUGAUGCCGUCACCAAGCACCAGAUCCCAGUCUUGGUCAUUCCAGACUCAGGAGGAGCAGCGGAUGUGCUGACAUUUGCCAUAAACAGUAGGCCUCAGACAGGAGAAGAUAACAUAGCCUUUGAUGUCAAAAUUACCCACGAGAUAAAGAUGAAGCUCAGCCUGGAUCCUAAAUGUUUCGUGAGGACCAAGGACCUAAUCAAAGAGAUUAUCAAGAGACGUCAUCUCAUCAAUGUCUGUGAUCAAGACUUCAGAAUUGACGAAGCCAUAUUGCGAGCGCUAAUGAAUGCCAACCGCGGAUGCAAAGCACAGGACGACCUCCACCUGGCUGUGAUCUGGAACAGGAUAGAUCUGGCCAAGAAGGAACUUCUCGCACACCGGAAAUGGAAGCACAGUGAAUUGAGAGAUUCCUUCUACUAUGCCCUGGUCAACAACCAGCCCAAGUUUGUCAAGCUCUUCAUUGCCGAGGGCAACAUGGACGUGAAGAAGUUCCUGACGGCACAGAUGCUGGUUGACCUGUACAAUGAGACAAGCCAGGAAUCGUAUGUUCUUCACAGUCUUCUUGAAAAGCAGAGAGCAAAAAGGCAUUUCAGGGGCAGUGUACAGUUCUCCUUGGAGGACGUCGGUCACGUACUGAAGGAGCUGGUCUUUGACACCUAUGAGUCUGACUAUAGCUCAAGCCAUUUCCGCUGUAGUGACGCGGUUUUCUUCAAGCAACCCCUGCAGGAGCUCUUUCUGUGGGCCGUCCUGCUGCACCGGUUCAGGAUGGCCAAGCUCUUUUGGAAGCUGGGCAAGCCGUCAAUAGGGGGCGCCCUUUUGGCCAGUAAAAUCCUGAGAGCUUUGUCCGAAUUACAAAAGCAGGACCCACAGGAGUCGGCCGAGAUGCACAAACAUGCCAAGGAUUUUCAGACAAUGGCCAUCGAUUUCCUCAACCUGUGCUACACGGGCGACAGGAGGCGGACGUCCCUGCUGCUGGUCCGUAACUUGCCAGACUGGGGCAACUCCACGUGUCUGGACCUGGCUGCAGCAGCCCGCAACAAACAGUUUAUUGCCCACGCCGCCGUACAGAACCUGCUCAACGAGUUGUGGAUGGGCAGACUGUCUCUACGUACGGGACUAUUCAAGAUCUGGACGUCCAUCUUUUUCCCGUUCCUCAUUUGCUGUGUGGUCACAUUUAUGUCGAAGGAAGACCCAAGAGUACCAGCUCGAAGAAAAUUACCUCAACAGAUUUCGAAAGACAGCUCAGGCAACAGGGAGACGCAUGACGAUCUGACAAGAUCCAAAUCUGGUUGCCAGACAACGAGCUACCAGACAUGCAACACUGACGACGCUGAUGACACAGGAAGUGUGAAGACGUACAUGACACAUGUCACUUACAGACAACACGAGGAGGAUGGAUUACCAUGCUGGUACAAAAUGAAGCUCUUCUAUGAGGCUCCAGUUAUCAGCUUCCGUCUCAACAUGAUAUCCCAUUUUUUGUUUCUGGGACUCUUCAGCUACAUCCUUCUUUGCAACUUUACAGAGGAGGUCUCCAUCUACGAAAUGGUUCUCAUGGGCUGGGUGUUUACACUCUUCACGGAGGAAGUGCGACAGAUUUUUCAAGAGGACUAUCAGACAGUGUAUCACCGCUUUGAUGCCUGGCUGUGGGGCUAUUGGAACUGCAUGGAUCUCCUGUCCCUGGUGAUGUUUGCCGUUGGUGUGGGCCUUCGGUUCCACCCGGUCACGUUGGACGCAGCGCGCAUCAUUCUGGCUCUGGACCUGGUCGUCUUCUACUUGAGAAUUCUCCACAUCUUCUCGGCCAGCAAGCUCUUGGGACCCAAACUAAUCAUGAUUGUCAGAAUGUUGGUACUUCUGGUGGCCUUCCUGGCUAUUUUGCUGGUCUUCCUGGUGGCAUUUGGAGUAGCCUGCCAAGCUAUUCUCUUCCCAAACAACCAAGACAUUGUCGGCAUCAUCAAGGGUGUAUUCUACCAGUCCUAUUUCCAGCUGUACGGGGAGCUUUUCCUGGAAGACAUUGAUAGUGAAGAGUGCGCACUGCUGGAGUCAGCGAAUGUCGGGUCUAUGCAACGUUGCCCCCAACAUUCAUGGUUUGGAACCCUCAUCCUGGCAUUCUACCUGUUCAUCAGCAACAUUUUACUGCUCAACCUUCUCAUCGCAAUGCUCAAUUACACCUUCCAGGCCAUUCAAGACAACACCGAUACCUUUUGGAAGUUCCAGCGUUAUCAGUUGGUCAAGGAAUAUUACCAGCGGCCCUCUGUUGUUCCUCCAUUGAUCAUCGUGAUGCAUGUUUACCAGAUGAUACGGUGGGCCUGGGACAAGUGCUUCCCUGGAUGCACACUGUACAGGUCUGCCAACCUGAUGAAGAGAAAGUUGCAACAGGACAAGCAGAUUGAGAUCUCAACGUGGGAGGAAGUCACGGGUGAAGACUAUUUGGCCGAGCAGAAGAAGCUGACUAACCGAGAAUCCCACAAGAGAAUGAAGCAAACUGACGAGAAGCUUGAGGCUUUGUCAUCCAAAAUGACCAAGCACUUUGAAGGUGCAAGGCUUAACAAAGCUAUUGAAGGAAGGUUUAACAUGUUGGAAGCACAGAUCGCCAAUCUGGAGUGCCUCGUCAAUAGCUUGCACGGAACUGGUCUGUCGUCUGACAGCAGCGAUGGCCUGACAAGGGCAGGACACUUGCAGAGCUUGAGGCACCAUAUGAAAUCCUACCCACCGAAGAAGGGCAAGUCGGCAACUCUGAAGUAAAACAGAACACCACUUGAUAUGGGUUAAUUCAAUAUGGGCGAUUCACAAUAGUGCGCCACCAAGAGUCUGCAACGCAUUGGCCAAUCACAAUGCGCAAACUCUG